AUGCUCAAAUCCACCCUUUCCACAGUGGUCCCUCUGCUGGUGCUAGCAGAGGUCGUCUUCGCCGGCUGUUCCACCCACAGCUUCACCACCUGCGAUGAUGGCAUUGUCCACUGGUUCGACCCAAACACAGGCGAAGUCUGCGAUCCACUUGACUGUGGAGGUGGCCGAGCUCCUCCCAAGACCAACGUCCCUGGAUGCGCCGGCUACACCGGCACAGCUGUUCCCACAACUUCAUAUCUCUCCUGCUGGACGCCCUCGGCUUCUGCGACAUCAACUACUGCCACCGUCAGCUCUGCUGAAUCGACAACGGACACCGCCGCGACGGGCAAAAGCACCCCUUCUUCCCCUACGACAACCAUGAGUGCAUCGACACAAGUUACUGGAAGCAGCACCACGCCUUCAACCACCCUGCCUCCAAGUCAAUCGUCAAAUUCCGCGACUCAAAGCAAUGGCACGCCUAGCACAAGUGGCACUGCUGCCCAGCCAAGCCCGACCAAUAAUAAGGGUCACAUGCUGGACGGCUCGCUCAUAGCUGUCGCUGGGGCCGCGAUUGGUGCUGUUGCUUUGCUUUAG